AUGGGACGUCCAAACAAUGUGGGAGACCGGGAAGACCAGUCAAAUAGCAACGGAAAUGAGGAGAUACAACUUGGCAGUACUGAGAAUCAGAGAAACCCAUUGGACACAAGCUGGACAACAAAGGCUAAAUACGGGAGAGAUGCUACUAUACUCCGGUCACGAAGAGGAAAAUGCUCCACACACUCAGGGACUUGCUGUAAUGCUGUCCAAUGUAGCACGAAAUGCACUUGUAGGAUGGGAAUCUCACGGAUCCAGAAUCAUCAAAGCAUCACUCAAAACAAAGAAGGAGGGGAUCACAAUGAAUAUUAUCCAAUGUUAUCCACCCUCCAAUGAUAGCAACGAUGACAUUAAAGAUCAAUUCUAUGAGAGGCUGGAAUUAAUCAUAGAGAAGUGCCCAAGAAACGACCUCACCAUUCUGAUGAGAGGUCUAAACGCAUAGACAACACCGAAUAUGAAGAUAUCAUGGGACGACAUGGAUUGACUGGAAGAGAGAAACGAGAAUGGAGAAAGAUUCGCAAAUCUGUGUGCAUUCAACAAAUUGGUCAUAGGCGGCACAAUAUUUACACACAAACGUAUACACAAGGCUACAUGGAUCUCACCGGACCACACUACAGAGAACCAGAUAGACCAUAUUUGCAUCAAUAAAAAAUUCCGAAGGACAAUGGAAAAUGUGAGAACCAGGAGAGGUGCUGACAUAGCUUCGGAUCACCACCUAGUUGUAGCCAAUUUGAAACUGAAGCUAAAAAAGAACUGGACAAGUGGACAAACAGUAAUACAAAAGUUCAAUACAGCCUUCCUUCGAAAUACUGACAGACUCAAUGAAUUCAAGAUAGCUCUCAACAACAGUUUCCAAGUCUUACAGGAUCCACUGAAGGAAGAAGAAACUACUAUGGAGGACAACUGGAAACGUAUCGAAGAAGCAUUAACUUCAACGUGUCAAGAGGUUCUCGGUCUAAAGAAAUACCAUCAUAAGGAAUGGAUCUCUAUAGAAACACUGGACAGGAUCAAAGAAAGGUAGAGCAAGAAGACAGCAAUCAACAACAGCCGAACACGAGCAGAGAAAGUAGCAAACAAGCAAGGGUAAAAGAGCAUUAGAGCCGACAAGAAGAAAUACGUGGAAGAACUAGCAACGACGGCAGAGAAAGCUGCUAGAGAAGGAAAUAUGAAACAGCUUUACGAUACAACGAAGAAACUAGCAGGGAAAUAUACUAAACCGGAGAAACCAGUCAA